GGGUGUUGUGAUUUUGCACUAUUAUUGUAUGUUGUAUACAGUUAUGAAAGUUAUUACCAUUUUAUUAAGUUUUUAGGAUGUCGCAAAUUAUAGCUCAUUCCUUGGAAGUUAACAAUAGAACGAAAGACGUUACCAUUCAUGGAAAUAUAACUUUUGAAUCGUUGAUGUUAAGUGAAAAUGUUCUAAAGGGUAUUAAAGAGUCUGGUUUUAGAAAACCUUCUCCGAUUCAGUUAAAAUCAAUUCCUGUUGGGAGGUGCGGAUUUGAUAUAAUUGUGAAAUCAAAAUCAGGCACAGGAAAGACUUUGGUGUUUUCUAUAAUAGCUCUGGAAACUAUUGCAGUAGAGAAGCAUGAGACACAAAUUUUAAUCUUAGCACCUACCAGAGAAAUAGCAGUGCAGAUUCAAGAAGUAAUAGUCAACAUCGGCAGCCAUAUUAACGGUCUCAAAGUGGAAUCAUUUAUAGGAGGAUUGCCAUUGGAAGGAGAUAAAGAAAAAUGUAAGAAUUGCCACAUAGCGGUUGGUACACCUGGAAGAGUGAAACAGUUGAUAGAUGAAGGAGUUUUGAAGCCAAACUCAAUACACCUCCUGGUUCUCGAUGAGGUUGAUAAGCUGAUGGAGUGUAGUUUUAUAAAUGACAUAAAUGAGAUUUUUAAUUGUUUACCUGAUAGGAAACAAAUUAUAACCACUAGUGCCACGUAUCCGGAAGAAUUGUCCACCUUUUUGAAUAAAUACAUGUUGUCGCUGACUUAUAUAGAAGUCGAAACCGGUACUCCAUUAUUACUGGGAUUAAAACAGUUUGUCAAGAUUAUUAAACCGUAUACGUCGGUAAUACAAGAGAUCAAGUUUAAAAACGAGGAACUUCUGAACUUGUUUUCCAUGAUUUCCUUUACACAGUGUUUGAUUUUCACAAAUUACCAGACCAGGGCAGAAAGUAUAAGCAAUUAUUUAAACCAAAAGGGGUGGUGUUCCAUGUUUAUCUCGGCCGCACAAUCCCAACCUCAAAGGUUGGAAACGGUAAAGAACCUCAAGAAUUUCAAGUGCAAAAUAUUGCUAUCGACCGACUUGACAGCGAGAGGGAUCGAUGCGGCGAAAGUCGACUUAGUCGUCAACUACGACAUACCUACCAGCGCGGUAACUUAUUUACAUCGAAUGGGUAGAGCGGGACGGUACGGUUCUUCGGGUGUUUGCGUUGAUUUCGUCUCUAGUGGAGUCGCACUUCACCAGUGGCAAUGCAUGCUCGGUGUAAUCGGAGGUUGUUCUCUUGGAAUACCGAAGUUGCCAAUCUGUAACAGCAGCGUAUCGGAUUUGUUGAAAUUGGAAAGUUCUUCUGAUAACUGUAUUUUUGGAAUUAUAGAUGAUUCGUAUGUACCGGAGAUGAAUACGUCUAUUAAGAAAAAUGUAUUAGAUUUGAAACGGAAGAAAAAUGCGGGGAAUGUACGGGAAGAAGAAAUCGGAAGAUCUAGCUACUCGGAGGGAAAAGAUACUGGUUUAUCAGGAUUAAAUUCCAAAGAAACGACAAAAUGUGUUACAAAUCAUAGCACGGAAGACUUGGAUCCGUCCGUACCUUUAAAUAAACCAUCAGAUGGCACAAUUAACAGAAAUCACGGUUCUUGUUCUACUUUCAAACAAUUAACUUCGACUUUCAGUGACACAAGUCGAGUAUCGAGUGCUUUAAUCGAUCGAACAAACGAAUCCGCGGAAACACCAGAAAAAAAUAUUUUCUAUAAAAACAAGGCUUUGUUGUUUGUGACACAAAUUCUGUCACGUAAAAAAUUAUCUGGUGAACUAGAACCAGACCUAAAUGUGUUGCAUUACUACAUCGAUGCUAUUAAAAACCAGGACAAAAGUGAAAUUGCUGAAAUUGCAUCGAAUACAAGAUUCAGAUCAGUUGAAGAAUUGUUAAAAAAUAUUGAAGAAAUUGAUUAUUUACCUGGAACAGAAAAAAGUAAAUUCGAAAAUAGUAUGGAAGAUAUAUUCAAAAUAGGUUACCAUUGCGCGACGAAAUCUAACUCUCGACACUGGAGUUCAUACCUACCAAAAUCGGAAUUAAACAAUUUCAAGAAUUUACGUUUAAAGGAAAGACUAAUUUCAAACGAUUCUGAUAAAGCUGGAUAUACAGAGAACAGUGAUGAUUAUGAGGGUGAUGAAUUUUCCGACAUGCCAAUCGGUCGAGCCAGUGAUGACGAUGCGGAUAACCGUCAUUGUAAUCCUGAGGUUAUGAAGUGGACGUGCGUGGAAAAAGAGGACAAUAUCGACAGAUACAGAGAAACUUAUGAUGGUGCGGACUGGGACCACUUAAAUUCGUAUUUUGAUCAGUGCAGUGAAAGUUUGUGGCAAUUGGGUUUGUGUUUUGAGAGUAUCGAGGAUUUCGAUUGCUGGUUUUAUCGUAAGUGGCAGUCUCAAGUGUUUAGUGUACGAGAUUAUGUUCAACAAAAUCUGUAUGUUCGAGAAAUGAACCAGUAUCAGGAGUCCAGAUAUAAUCCAAAUAAAAAAUAAGAGACUGCAACAAAUUGUAUUUUUUAAAAAUAUGUACUUUUUUAUGUUAUUAUGUA